AUGAACGAAAAAUCUACUACAGCUAAUAAGAAUGAACAAAAUGAAAGUCCAGCCCACAGUAACAACUCGGCAAACAAAUUGUUACAAAAUGGUGUGAAUUCAACUUCAUCGACUACACCUGCUAGUGCAGAAGAAACCUUCAGCCAACAGACUACCGAACCUAGCGCUAAUAAUACAAGAUUUGUAGUUGAAUCUCCAUUUGGUUCCAACUCUCCUGACACAAUCAAUAUUAAUAUUCCAGCUCAUUUAGUAGAAGCCGUCAAAACAUUGAUUAGAAAUGAUGCUGCACGCAAUAUAUCAAAUAACUACACGACAAACCAACUCAUGGAAUCAAAAACUAUAUUACCCAUGGGAGUUCCCAAAAAUAAGUUACCACUGCCACCAAAACCACCUAUUAGAGACUUUGUUACACUAGCAGCUAAAACAGACUACUUAGAACCAAACGAAUUGACAUGUUCUGUCUGGGGAUCCCUAAAUUCCCACAAUGCAACUAACUACAUCAUUCCUUGGGAUAACUUCCCCAGUUUGUACUAUGAAUUCGCCAGAUUCGACUCAGACACAUGGAAGAAAUUUAUAUCUCGGUUGACACCAAUGCCCUACCCAGUAUCAUCCCUAUCUGAAAUUGUAAACUUCAUAAGAUGGUAUAAUAAGUUCACCUACGUAACACAUCAGAAUGGUAUUCAUCAACUAUUAUUUUACACUAUCUUCUCUAACAUAAAGAAACCAUCCCCAAUCGAAGAAGCUGAAAAUAAAGAACUAGUGACGACUAUAUUACCCAAGAUAUUUCCACACAGAUUGAGAAAUACACUAAGCAACAGCUGUUCAUCAACAGUAUUCAGAGAUCAAAUAGAAGAAGUAUUUCCAGCAGGGCCACUCGUAAUAGCUACAAAAUUACUAAAUCAAUACAUAAUAACCAAUACCACGACAGUUGCCGAUAUAGAAGACCAAUUAAACAUAAUCCAAUCCCUAAGGUAUUGCGCAAGAAUGGACGCAAUGCCAGAUAAUGAAAUAAUCCCACAUCUUAGAGUCAAAAUUUCCGACUGCUAUGGGGAAUCAACGGCACAUUUAAUCAGAAAAUGGAUCAACACUCCAAAUCUAACUUUAAAGGAGUUACUAACAGACCUACACGAAUAUAUGCAAAUAAAUAAAAGAUAUGGAUUAUCAACGAACACAAAAAAUAGCGUAUCAUCAAUGAACCUCCACAUCACUCACACUGACAGAUAUCACAAAACACCUUAUCCAAAACACAGACACAACAACAGAUAUCCAAAUAGAAACAAAUAUUGGGCUCGUAAUAAUUCACCUACUUUGCGUCAUCAUAUGAAUCAUCAAUCUCGCUUUCAAGCACCACGCAAAAAUUCAACAAAUCACUCAAACAUUAACGAUGUAUACCAAAACAAUGCGGACUUCAUUGAACGAAGAAGUCGAAUAGCCGACUUUCAACCAUUUUUUCCAGAUGCCUCAAAUAUUAACCGUAGACCAUAG